AUGGGGAAAUCCCGGGGUAAACAUGGAACAAUAAAUACACCCAGAAAAUACUCGUCAAUAACGAUGCUGGGCUUGUCUCUUGGGCUACUCUUAGCCUCGGGAUCGCUUUCGAGCUGUCUCUUGAUCAAAGAGACAAAUACAGCGCAAUUACCGACCGCAACAAUCUCAAACAAUGGCAAUGGAAGUCCUAAAACUGUUUUUGUAGGUCGUUCACUUCCUGAAUUCGACCAAGAUGUAUUCCUGGGUAUCAAGUAUGCCGAUGAGCCAACUCGGUUCACUCCAUCGGAACUGAAGACCAAAUAUGCAUCCAACGACAGCAAUUCAGGCCCCCUUAGCUUAACUGGGACUGGGCUGGUUUCCAGCUCUGGAUCUAUCAUUUACAAUGCUGCGCAAUAUGGAAACGACUGCCCUGCCUACGGUUCCGACACUACUAAACUAGUGAAUACGGGCCUUGCCAAGUUGAACGAAGAUUGUUUGAACCUGAACAUUAUUCGACCCAAGACCGAGAGUAAAGAGUUGCUGCCUGUUAUGUUGUGGAUUUUUGGUGGUGGGUGGCAGCAAGGAGCAACCGCAGACCCUCGGUACAAUAUGAGCUACAUUGUUCAACAAGGAGCAUUGAAUGGCAAUCCUGUUAUAGGAGUCUCGAUCAAUUAUCGACUGGCAGCUUUUGGAUUCUUGGAUUCCGAAGAAGUGAGGGCGGAAGGAAACACAAAUCUAGCUCUACGUGACCAAAGAAAUGCAAUGCGCUGGGUAAAGCAAAGGAUCCAAGCUUUUGGGGGAGACCCCGAGAAGAUAACUAUUUGGGGAGAAUCUGCCGUCGGUGCUCAUUUAGUGACAAAUGAUGGAAAUAACGAGGGACUCUUCAGAGCUGCAAUCAUGGAGUCAGGCAAUGCCGUUGGGCCACCUUAUAACGGCACGGAAUGGCACCAGCCAAUGUAUAAUAGAAUUGUUGACAGAGCUGGAUGCGCAAAUUCGUCGAACACACUCCAGUGCUUGCGCGAUCUGCCAUACGAGACAUUCUACGAUGCUGCCUACGAGGGACUUGAGUGGUUUGCCACCAUUGACGGGAAAUUCAUUACUCAAUUUCCUCAGAUCAGCUACAAAGAGAAUAAAAUUGCCAAGGUUCCCAUUCUUCUAGGCACAAACACAGAUGAGGGUACAAGUUUCGGUACUACGGGUACUGACACUGCUGAGCAGUGUAUUGAGCAGCUAAUAUCUUCCAAGCGGUGGGUAAUUACUCGUGAACAAGCAGUCAAGAUCCUACCACAUUAUCCAAAUAUUGCAGCUCUCGGGUGCCCAUACGGCUGGGGUAAUGUCACCUGGCCACAGCUGGGGCUUCAAUACAAGCGGUAUGAGUCCAUGGCCGGAGAUAUAUCUAUGGUAGCACCGCGCCGCAUGCUUGCCCAUCUCAUGUCCAACUCAAUCGACAAUGUCUAUUCUUACCGCUGGGAUGUGGCAGCUCUAAAUACCUCCACAACAAUUGGAGUGCAACACUUCGCUGAGAUUCCUUUUGUAUUUGCAAAUCCGGUACAAACCAUGACACCGCUCGGAACUGACCCUGCCCGCCUGGAACUUGGGCAGAUGGCAGCUCGAAUGUGGACAUCUUUUGUGACACACCUCAAUCCAAACAGACAUGGACUGGAUACAAUUCCUCAAUGGCCUCGCUACUCUUCCAAAGCCACAAACUUUGUGUUUCGUCUGCCAGGAAAUGAGAGUUAUAUCGAAGCCGAUUCUUAUCGUGCAUCUGGCAUUUCUGUUAUAAACAGCAUUGCUCGGUAG